UUAUAAAUUAAAGUAUUUAACCCAUCCCAUACUCUUAUUAAAAUUUGUCAGUUUUGUGGGGACUUACACAUAAAAACAAACAAACAAUAAUUAACGAACAACACACAGAACAAGAAAAAAAAAUAAAUAAAAAACACUUGUUCCUUGUUCACUAAUAUCAAUCAGGAAGUAAUGCCCAAGUUACCAGAGAAGACCCUAAAGGUAAAGAGAUCGUUGGAGGAGUCUUCAUUGAACAGAAGUAGUUCCAAUAAGAAAGUAUUUUCACGCCAAUUUAAAAAAAUGAGCAAGCUAAAGUUCUCCCCCAUGGCGCCUUUGCCCAUCGCCACUCGGGACUAUGGACUAAUGCGAUCCACCAACAAGUCAUCGACUCCAUAUCCUCGCGCCGAUCAGGGCGUGGAUGCCAGUUUGCUAAAGGCUCGCCUAACAAUGCGUCGUGAUUUCGAGAGCAGACACCACUCGCUGCUCUCCAGCUUUAUCGAGAAGGAAAAGAACGAAAGCCCCAGUAUCAGCGAAGUGGACUCCCAUGGUGAACGACAGGUCACCCACAAAUCAAAGCCGACUGUCAGUGUUUUCAAACGACCAUCGCUAACCAAGGAUAACUUAAAGCAAUUGCUCUCCAUCGGAACCCCGCAUCCCAAAAAGGGCAUGGCAAUAAAUGCCAGUUCGCUGAACAAGAGGCUGACCGAAAUAAACACUCUGCACAACUUUCGGUCGGAUUACAGCCUAUGUGCUCCCAAAACUUCUCAAAAACCGAUCAAAAAGGGGGUUGCUCUGGCGACGGAUGUCGUUAGGGAAUGGAUUCCUCCUCCGAAAAACCCAGAAGGAGAGCUAGUCAGCAAAAGGAUCAGCAAGAGGUUGACUCAAAUCGACUACAAUGCUUUGGAAAGUUCGGGCAGUGCGGGAACUCCGGAGCCUGAGAUGAGUUUCGCGGAACGACGAAGGUUAUUCAAUAAAGGCGAAUUCACCAUAACGAAAUAUGCCAAGAAAAUGAGCGACGUGAUGAUGGCCUCCUUACCCCAGCAACACGAAGUGGUCGACAAAAGUCUGCAGCUUGCCAAGAAGGCCAACGAGGAGCUCGAAACGUACAUGAAGUCGCAGGGUCUGAUCAAGAUCCCCCACGAUCAGGUUACUAUGACCCGAACUUUUGAUCGGGUAUCGGUAACGGAUCCGAGGACCCAUUCCAAGCCAAGCGCAACGGCCAGCCCCGAUAAUCCCAAGGGAGUGUCAUUAACUAGCUAGUGGAGCUGCCGAAGGAUAACUAGACCCUCUUCCUUCAACAGUUCAACUAGCUAGAGCAGUAAGACUUCCUUGGGAUGCGAAAAUUAAUUCAAGAUCAUUUGGAAAUUGUAUUGAUAAAAAUUUUGGUCAACUUAUAAAUGUUAUAAAAUUGAA